AUCAGACAAUCAUCAUCAUCAUCAUUAACAGCAGUUUGAUUCAACAUCUAUAAAAGCAAUAGAUGUUUCCAUUUGCAAAUCAUCGAAGAAGGACCGGUUCCCGAAUCAACAUGAUGUCAUUAAGUUUCCUCGUCUUUAUGUGUGUAGCCGUAAAUGUCUUCGGUGGGUUUACAAACCAAGAGAAAGCAGAGAUGGUAUAUAAUGCCAUGGAUCUUUGGUUUGUGAAUGACAAACUUGGAGGUAGAGAGCGUGCGUUCUUCUUUAAACGCAUGGAUUGUGAUGGAAACGAUGAAAUUUCGGAAGCUGAAUCAUUCUGUGUUGGUAAGUUCUUAGAGGUAGGUGACACACUGUGGACCUUUCUCACAAGUGCCGAUUCAAACAGUGACAAACUUCUUACCCUAGAUGAAUACAAAGCUUUUUGGGAUGUCUGGGAUUUCAAUGUUAACAACAGAAUAACUUGGAACGAGUUCGAGUCUGCAUGGAACGCCACUAACUUUGACACAGCUGCUUAAACGUUCAACGCCAGUGAAAACUGUCAGCUGACAACGUUAAAUGACCGGAAAUGACCGUUGUCAAUAUUUAUUUUAUUAAACUUAGCAAAACUUA